CGUAAUCCUACAAAGAUACAAAACCUUUUACAGUAAACAAGUACGACUUAGUUUGAGAUUAUUGGUCCAUUUCUGGACAACAAAUCGACUGAAUCACUUGAUUUCUCGUUUUCUCUGCUAUAUCGUCACAGUUUCUGAAAAGAAGAAAGGUAACAGCUGUGUCACAGGAAUUAAACACUGAAAAAAUCUUCGCUCUGAACGGCCACAGCAGUAUUUUACUGAAGAAACUCAUCGACUCAAAAUCGUCGCAUCAGAAAAUGUUUAUACGACUUAAUCUUCUCGCAAUCGUCUUCUUGAACACUGUGCUAACUUCAGCAAAGGAGGAUUCAUUCGUCAAGGAACUCACUCUCACUAAUUUUGACCAGGUCGUUGACGGGAAAAAAUUUGUGUUCGUGUUUUUCUACGCUCCUUGGCACGAGCAAUGCGUGAGGCUGUUAGAACGGUAUGAAGAGGUUGGAGAUACAUUUUCAAGCCGUGAGGAUGUGGUUAUCGCCAAAGUAAAUGCUUAUGAAGAAAUUAAACUGGCCACACGGUACUGGGUGGAUGAAUACCCUGCGUUUCGUUACUUCAUAAAAGGAAGCAUAACUGAAGAAACUUAUAAUAAUGGUAAUCUUCCUGCCGAUAUGAUUCGUUUUAUACGGUCCAAAUCCGUCCUUCAUCUAAACACAGACAUCUUCCAAACACCAGUCAUCGAUCUGAGCUCUUCAAAUUUUGAAAGAAUUGUCAAAGACAGGGCGCGGAGCAUCAUGGUCCUUUACUAUAACGGCAACUGUGAACUGUGCAAGACUUUACAAAACACGAUUCACGAUGUUGGUGUCACGUUUAGAAACGAGCCGAAGUGCCUGAUUGGCCGACUUGAUUGCGACGCGGAGCCUCAGAUUUGUGUGCAACAAACAAUUCCGCAUUACCCGACUUUCAAAGUAUAUUCCCAGCAUAACAAGGACGGGAUCAUUUACGAGCCUGGGACCUACCAGGAAAGCUACAGCGAGACAAACAUAACUUCCUUUAUGAAUGCCUUGUGUGGAACUCAAAGGAGGCUGAAAGGACGACUGAACGAAAAGGCUGGCCUUUUGGAUGACUUCAACGAAAUAGCCGUGCAGUUUAUGAAGGACCACAAAAGGCGAGAAGAAAUAUUGAGAGAAGCUAAAAUAAAAGCCCUUAAGCACAAGUUCCAAACCGAGGCUCAUUUUUACAUGUCUGUUAUGACUCGCGUAAUGGGUUACGGAGCUGGUAUCAUAAGCGAGGAAAUUGAUCGAUUGGAACGCUUGAUCGCCGGUCCAUUGCACCCUAAUAAGGCAGAUGAAUUUGAGAAACGCAAAAAUAUUCUGAAGCAAUUCCAGGUUUUGCAUUUUGAAAGAGACGAGUUAUAACUUUCUUGUAACUUUUUGCGCCGCUUUCUUGCGUUAAAAAAUAGGUACUAAGUCUUUCCCAUUUAUACAAUUAAAAAAGGGAAAUUAGAAAUAGCAAAUUGCAAUGAAAAGUUUGGAGAUGGUCUGAUUAAUUGAACAUUUUAUGGUUUUGGCCUGUUUGAAAUCUGAAAUUAGACAUCCUUCGGAACCUUGAAUAGCACAUUUUCAAUGAUCAGUUUGCUUGUUUGUUAUUGUUACAAGAUUAGCCAUACCUAGUUUACAAGAUGCUGAUAUCGGUACAGUUAAAUACAUUUCUGAGAGGUAUAAGAAUCCAAAAAUAAUGAACAAUAAAACUUUUUUUCACAAUGUCUCAUAGGCAGACUUGGCAGUGUGUAUUACCUCGAACGUUUUUGUUCUUAAAAAUAUAUUACAUGAUAAUAGGCGCAAUCAUGAAUAUUUAAACUUGUAAGGCACAUAAGCUGCGGUAUAUAGUCCUUCAUGAAGACUCAUAAGGCUUAUUCCGGUUCCAAAACACUUCUAUUUCAUGUUUGACGUCUGUCACCUCUUAUAUAGUUUCAAAUCGUUUUCUCAACAAUACUCAAAGGAGAUAUGUCAGGAGUAAAAGAGUAAA